AGCUCACAAGAGGCGUGCCUGCCUGUGGAUGGUGAGUUGGAAGCAGAGAGGAGAAUUGCAGCUGUGUAAGGCUGAAUUGUCACUGUGUGGAACAGAGCUUAGAGCUGAGGAUGUUUCGGUGCGUUGCUGCCAGACGAGCUUAAACCCAGUGCACAGCGAUGGACAAAGAAGCACUGCAGUUGCAAAGCUUCCCACUGGAUCUUUAACUCAUCUCAAUCACUUUUCUCCUUGAAUAAAAAGCAAUUGACAAGACUAGAAAGAGAGAGAGAGAGCGUGAUUAAAAGCAUCUUGUCUCUUCCUCAGAGCAUGGCUAUCCAGGAUACAUUCUGCUCUUAACAAGCUAGAGAAUAAGCAAAGCUGAGGCUGAAGAUGGUUUGGAAUUAACUGGAGUUUCUGCACAAGUAUGCCCUUCCAGCCCAAUUGCAGCGCCUGCUGAAUUACCACCUCGUGCAUUUGGCCGAUGAAAGAAGAAACGUUCAGGGCUGUCACCAAUAUAAAGAUGUUUGUUUUACUUGCAACCUAAGGACACAAGGACUCUGGAUUCAUGCUUGGAUAGACCUUUUAGAGUCUGUUCUCCCAAACAAGAACUGCUUCAUGAGCAACUAACAAAUACCCUAUUAGUGCCACAGCAUAUGGAUUUCCAGAACACAUGUGAUGAGGCAAAGACAGGAAUUUGUUUGCUGCAAGAUGGUAAUCAAGAACCUUUUAAAGUUCGGCUCCACUUAGCCAAAGAUAUUCUGAUGAUUCAGGAACAAGAUGUGAUCUGUGUGUCUGGAGAACCUUUCUAUUCUGGUGAAAGAACUGUUGCAAUCAGAAGGCAAACUGUAGGAGGAUUUGGACUUAGCAUAAAGGGAGGCUCAGAACAUAAUAUCCCGGUUGUUAUUUCCAAAAUAUCCAAAGAGCAAAAAGCUGAACUCUCUGGCCUUCUCUUCAUAGGAGAUGCAAUACUGCAGAUCAAUGGCAUAAAUGUGAGGAAGUGCAAGCAUGAAGAAGUGGUGCAAGUCUUAAGAAAUGCUGGAGAAGAAGUUACGCUGACAGUCUCAUUUCUCAAAAGAUCACCAGCUUUUCUAAAAUUGCCAUUAAAUGAAGAUUGCUCUUGUGUACCUUGUGACCAAAGCAGUGGCACAUCCUCUCCUCUCUGUGACAGUGGGUUACAUCUCAACUACCAUCCCAACAACACGGAUAGUUUAUCAUGUUCAUCAUGGCCAACUUCACCGGGUCUGAGAUGGGAAAAGAGAUGGUGUGAUUUACGGUUAAUUCCUCUUCUUCAUUCAAGACUAUCACAGCAUAUUACAGGAACAGAUCUGUGCAGGCAAAGUGCUUUCCAGGUCACUGCUGUUGAUGGGGUUGCAAGUGGAAUCAUACAAUGUUUAUCGGCUGAAGAGUGCAUUGAUUGGCUGCAAUCUAUAUCUGUGAACAUAUCAAACCUCACAAAGCACAAUAUUAAAAAAAUCAACAGGAACUUUCCUGUAAAUCAACAGAUAGUGUUUAUGGGCUGGGUAGAAGAACGAGAGCAGGAUACUCUCAAAGACUAUGUAUAUUCACCAAAGUUUCUGGCAUUAAGAGGGUCUUCACUCUACAAAUUCAAUUCCCCUCCUGUUACUACGUGGGAUUGGAUGCGAGCAGAGAAAAAGUUUACAGUAUAUGAAAUUAUGUGUAAAAUAUUUAAGGACAGUGAUCUUCUGGACCACCGGAAACAUUGCUUUGGUGUACAGUCAGAAACUGGGGAAGAUCUCUACUUUUCUGUGGAAUUAGAAAGUGACCUAUUACAAUGGGAGAAGGCAUUCCAGACAGCUACUUUUUUAGAAGUAGAACGAAUUCAGUGCAAAACCUAUGCUUGUGUAAUUGAAAGCCAUUUGAUGGGUCUUACGAUUGAUUUUGGAAUGGGAUUUAUCUGCUUUGAUGCUGCAACAAAGGCUAUUCUGUGGAAAUACAAGUUCUCUCAACUUAAAGGUUCUUCAGACGACGGAAAAAGUAAAAUCAAAUUUCUAUUCCAGAACCCAGAUACAAAACAAAUUGAAGCAAAGGAGCUGGAGUUCUCCAACCUUUUUGCGGUACUUCACUGUAUACAUUCAUUUUUCGCUGCUAAAGUUGCUUGUUUGGACCCUCGUUUUGUGGACAGUCAGGGAGCUGCCUCUUCUGCUGUAAUAACUACUUCUUGUGCCACAGCAGGAGUGUGUAAAAUGAAGUAUUCCUCCUAAUGUUUUCAAAGACUGUACACCAAGAUGACAUAAACUUCAUAAACUGUGAAUCCCCAUUUAUUGGAUAUACACAGCCCACGACUGUCCUCUCAAUGAAACUAAAAAAUGCUGAACUUUUUAAAGCAGGAAAAUAGUCGCGUGGGUUCAAAGGAUCAUCAACUGUAUAUUUCUGAAAUCAUCAUUUCAUAGGUAUAACUGUGAACUCGGGCAACCGUGAAAGCACUUUUAAUAUGAUCUGUGUUUUAAUGUUAGAAUUAAACUGACUUAUGAAUUCAGAACAUCAAAUGGCAACAUGAACUCAGCAACUGUUUUAUGCUACUUGAUAUUUCUCAAAGAUAAAUAAUGUCUCAGUUUAGAUGAACCUUAGCAGGCUGAUAAAAUCUUUUUUUUUUCCUGUUACAAAAAGUAAAGAAGAAAACCAUAUCUCUCUGAAGGGCCUUCAGUGGUCACUCUCAUUGAAGAACCUUACAUAAAGAGCUACUCAGUAAAUUAAGGUCAUAAGGGCUCAUUUACUAAAUAGCAUCAAAUUGUUUUAGCACACAAAGCAAAAUUCCAUAUUAGAAUUCCAACAUAAGAGAUCAAAAAAUUUGUAAAUGGGUGCAACUUGUGCCUGCAAGAGAACUGGUGGCUCAUGGGCAAGGCGUGGGUCUACAUUUACAUGCUCUUCAAUACGUGUAAGAGGUUUACCCACAAAGCAACGGCCCUUUUUAGAUUUCCAGCAUAAUUGUGCCAAACACAGGAGGCCAAAAAAUUAGCAAAGGGGUGCAACUUGUGUCUGCAAGAGAACAGGUGGCUCAUGGGCAAGGCGUGGGUCUACAUUUACAUGCUCUUCAAAUAGUGCAAGAGGUUUACCCACAACGUAAUGGUCCUUUUUUAGAUUUCCAGCCUAAUUGUUCCAAACACAGGAGGCCAAAAAAUUAGCAAAGGGGUGCAACUUGUGCCUGCAAGAGAACAGGUGGCUCAUGGGCAAGGCGUGGGUCUACAUUUACAUGCUCUUCAAAUAGUGCAAGAGGUUUACCCACAACGCAAUGGUCCUUUUUAGAUUUCCAGCAUAAUUGUGCCAAACACAGGAGGCCAAAAAAUUAGCAAAUAGAUGCAACUUGUGUCUGCAAGAAUGCAGGUGGCUUAUGGGCAGGGCAUAGGUGUACAAAGGGAGUACUGUACGUAUUGCCUCAGUCAAGGUAGUUGUUAGACUACCCUAAGGGAGGACUCACUUGCAACAGAGCACACUGUGCCUCAUGCAACAUAGUAGGAGAAACUGACAAGCUGGCACACACACUAGAAUAUGAAUGCAACAGGCUCAAGCACAUUGUGUUUACAUUUUUAUUCCUCAAUUCUGUCUCCACUUUCUCACAUUUGUAAAUGAGCCUGAUAAUGUCAAAGUUAGAAAUUCAGCCAGGUUUUCUUCCUUACUAUGGAACAUUGGUCACUGUCUCUCUUCGAAGUGAGGAAGCCAUAUUGACAUCUGAAUUGUUCAGAGGACAGAUGAAUUCCGGCGCAGUGACUUUGAGUCAUCUGGAGAAACCUUCAACUUCAUGUAUAAAGAUAAGGCAAGGUGACCUCUAGUUUGUUAGCAUGACAUCAAGACCCAGUUUCUCAAGAAACACUGUUUAACAUUACAAUAACUGGAUGGUGUUGCGUUCCCAAAGAAUUAUUUAUACUAUUUUGACCUAUAAACAUUAUUUUUACUAACUGAGGAGAAUAACAGAAUAAGACACAGUUUGAAGCAGUAACCUAUGGUAUUCUGCAGAAUAAGCAAUAUUGAGUGCGACUCUCAUUAAAAAGCUUCUAUAUUAGAACCUGUUGUUAAUUACUUUAAUACCACGAAAAAAAUGGUUUGAGGAUGAUGAGGUCUUGUAUUAAAGGUUAAAUCAGAGUCACAAGCAGAAGCCUUUCUUGGUAUUCAAUAAACAAAAAUUUAUGGAUUUUUGAAAUAUAAGAAAUGACAAAAUUUUCAUAUAAUGAUGGUAUUCUUGAUUUUACAUUAAGAGAUGCAUUAUAGUGUUAAAAUAUAUAUAGAAUAAAAUAUUUUAAUGAUG